UUUACAGUCAUCACUAUACUGUCUGGCAGAUUGGAAGAGUUGCAACCCUGUACCUCAUGCAUUAGUUGAAAGUACUUUGGAUCUUGUUUCUUGUUGCAUUGACCCUUAUCAGAAUAUAGUGUACUGAAAUAAUCGAACUGCGAAGUUAGAUCAGUAAUGCGGUAUUGUGUUUCAGCAUUUUGCUGUUUUGUUGGGCUAAGCUGCUUUUGACAUCUUUAAUAUUAAGCUCAAAUGACUGUAGGAAUUUUUGAGCGCUGCUGUAAGUCAAAUUAAAUUUUGACCCGGUAUUUUAAUUUGUGCAUGGUGAGUUCCAAUAGAUAUCAAAAGUCUGUUUAAUUUGGAAUUGGUAAAUAGUGCUGUGAAUGGUAAUAUUUAUUUGGAUGCCAAGCCUUAUGUUGUCUGCUAUUUAUUGAGUUAUCUGAAGUAUAUAACUUAUAUGUAAAUAUCAGCUUUUAGGGCACCAGUAGUCACUUGCAACGGCUGAGAUGAAAUAAAAUUGAUAACAUUAUUGGCCUGUUAUUUGAACAGGAUUAUUAUGCACAACCAUGCUUUAUUUCCAGGGUCAUGCAGUCUUGUUGGUGUUACAUCAGAAUGUUUACAUGCUGUCAUUAAUCUCUUGAGGAUUAAAUAAUGAAUAAACUUCUAAUACCUUAAUUGUGUUUUCCGAUCGAACCUGUCUUUCUCAAUAUUUCCAUUUCAUGCUUAUAACAUUCUUCUAUGAUUUUUUUAAAAUUUAGUUCUUCAGUUUUUUACUUCUCGAUUACUAUUCAACUUUCUUGAAGUAUUUUUUAUACUAUUUGUGGAAUGCUCAUCAGCUCAGCAAGUAGCAAAAAAACAAAAUCUAUAAAACAUGUUCUUGGAGAAUCGAAAUAUAUUCUGGCUCCUAUGGUUGACCAGAGUGAGCUGGCAUGGCGAAUUUUAGCGAGAAAAUAUGGAGCACAAUUAUGUUUUACACCAAUGUUUAAUGCAAAUGUAAUAUUAAAAGACUUAACAUAUCGCAAAAAGGUGUUGAAGGACCUUUCCUGUGAAGAAGACCGGCCAUUGAUAGUCCAAUUUUGUGCAAAUACCCCAGAACAGCUAUUGAAAGCCGCAAAAAUAGUUCAACCUUUCUGUGAUGCAAUUGAUCUCAACCUUGGUUGUCCUCAACACAUUGCAAGACGCGGUCAUUUUGGUGCGUUCUUACAAGACAGUUGGGAGUUGCUACACAAAAUGAUUUAUGCUGCUAACGAUGUGCUUGAUAUCCCGGUUACAGCAAAAAUCAGAAUCUUCCCAGAGGUGGAGAAAACUGUAGCUUAUGCAAAAAUGUUGGAAUCUGCCGGAUGUAGUAUGUUAUCAGUACAUGGUAGAACUAUUGAGCAGAAAGGAAUAAUGACUGGUUUGGCCGAUUGGAAUCAAGUGAAAGAAGUGAAGAAAAAUUUACAAAUUCCUGUGAUAUCAAAUGGAAACAUCCAAAAUUUAGAAGACAUACAUCAAUGUAUUGAACAAACAGGAGUAGAUGGUGUUAUGGUGGCGGAGUCCCAUUUAUCCAAUCCUUGUAUAUUUAUUGGAGAAAAUCCUAGUGUGUAUAAGAUGACAAAAGAGUAUCUUGCCCUUGUUCGGAUCCAUCAAUGUCCCAUCAGUUUUGUGAGAUCCCAUCUUUUCAAGCUAUGGGUUCAUACUUUGAAAGUCUAUCCCGACUUCCAAUUAGCACUCGGUAGGGCACAAAAUCUUGAUGACAUGGAAAAUAUAAAUGAAGAGAUCAACCAAGCUUGUCAGGAGGAUGAUGAAGCUUGUCCAAUCACUGUAAAUGGUUUUCCUCACUAUGUUUGUCAACCCUAUGUAAGAACUCGAAAGCAUAAAGAAGAACAAGAUGAAAGUGAAAAUAAAACUGAAAGAGAGUUGUCUCGUAAUCAGCAAAGACGUCUUUUACGUUAUCAGCGUAAAGUUGAAACAUUAAAGUUUAAACGAAAAUCUGAAAGGGAACGCAGAAAGGAAAAAAGAGCAGUAGAAAAGCUCAAUGACUUAACCCUGGAAUCAUGUCCAUCACCAAGAACACAUUCUACAAGUAAACUUGCUAAAUCAUUAAUAAACUGUCGAUUAAAAGAAGCUAUGCAAUGUAUUGAUUCUCUUAAAGUUUGUGUUGAUCUGUCGUGGACUAAUAGUAUGAAUAACAAGGAGGUAUCAAAGUUAGCAGGUCAAAUAGGAAGGUUAUAUGGAUCUAACAGAAAAGCAUCUUCUCCUGCUUCUUUGUAUUUUACUGGUUUUUCUUCGGAUUCCCACCUGUAUCAGGAAUGUACUCGAAAACACAAUGGAUUUGAGAAUUAUAAAAUAACUGUGACAGAAAAUAGUUUUUUAUCUUUGUUUGAUAAAGAAAAUCUUAUCUAUUUAUCACCGGAUGCAAAGAUAGAAUUAGACGCUGUCGAUGCAUCUCAUAUUUAUAUACUCGGUGGAUUAGUUGAUGAAACUGUCCGCAAACAACUGACCAAUGAUCGAGCUUCUGAAAUAAGAAUAUCUUGUCGACGUCUUCCCAUACAUACAUAUAUGCACCGAUCUGGUCACCAUCACAGUUAUUCAACUGUGCUUGCUAUUAAUCAAGUAUUUGACAUCUUGUUGUCCUACUAUUGCACUAAGAAUUGGAGAGAAGCGUUGAUGAAAGGAAUGCCUCCAAGAAAAGGAUUUUUAAUAAAUGAGGAUGUUAGCUGACCAUAUCUAUGCACCACAGAUGCCUUGAUUGUGUUGCCUAUUUAUUUCAGCUCUUAUCGGCAAUCAUUAAAAGUAUUCAUUUUACGUGAAUGAUUUUCUUAUUACAUUCAUGCCUGGACUAUACUUGAGAAAUGAAAUAUAUAUUUUGCUUUCGCAUUUUGUAAAAAUUUAAAUUUAAAAUAUGUGAAUUGUGAACACUUUUAAAUUAUAUACCGGGCCUACCUA